AUGUUGAUCAAGGAUCGCUUCGGCUUUAGAUACUUCCUUGUAAUGGUUGAUGCCCUUUCCAGCUUCUCUUGGCUGGUCCCGCUGAAGACUCUAGAAGCUCGUGAGCUUUGUAGGGCUGUAGCCGGCGUUUGUGAACGUAUCGGUUGGUGUCGCUUUUUCAAGAAUGACAAUGGUAGUGGUUUUAUUUCUCGUAUUUUCCGGUCCCUACUUGCUGGUCAAGGUGUGACUUGGAUAGGAGUUCCUCGACAUUCUCCAUUGUCGAAUGGUAAAGCCGAACGAUGCAUUGGCUCAGUAAAGGCUAAGUUUGCUACUAUGAGUCGUGCUGAGAAGCGCGAGUGGUCUGUUCAUUUGGCCUAUGUCAACAAAUGUGUUAACUUGGUGCCUUUGGACAAUGGCUUGACGGCUUUUGAGACUUUCUUCCAACGUCCCUACUCUAGCAUUCUUGGUCGUAAGGUUGCAGCCGUUAAUGACUUGGUUGUCGCCAAGAAUAUGUCUCUGGAGGACACUAAAGGUCGUGGCCAACUGAAGUCUUUCCAAGUUGGAAACUAUGUUCGUCGCUGCAACCCUGCUGUCAACGACCGUGUACGCUACAAGGUUGUGAAGGUUUACAAUCGUAGUGUUGAUUUACAGCGUGACGAUGAUCCCAAUGCUAACAUUGUUCGUGAGCAUGUGAGAAAUAUGAUAUUUCAAAUAUCGUUGCUGCCAAUGAGGACGAUAGUUGAUAAUCAACUGGGGGAGGUGUGGUGA